GCCAAAGGCGAGCGGUUGUUGCUCCGCUUUUAAACACCCAAACAGUGCGCGGACAGCAGCAACAUUUCGUUAAAACUCAAGCUGGGCUUGGAAAAGUCAAUGGAAAACAAAAACUAAUAAAAAAGCAAAAGAAAAUCUACGAAAAUCAGUAGAGAAAACCCAGUGACAGCAGCAACAUUAAAACUUUACUUAACAACGAAGAAGAAAAAGUGCUAAAAACUCGCGUUGCACAUUCUAGUUAGAUAUUUUUUUUGGGUGCAAAGUGCAGGUGCAGCAGUCGGAGUCGUCGGCUAACCACACAUGACCACAAUGCCACCGGAAAUGUCCGCAACAACGGCAGCUCCCGUUGGUAGUGCACCGAGUGCCACCGCUCAUCAUCCCGCUGCCGUCGGCGGCGGUAUGCCGCGUCCAGCCUCUCCGGCCGUCGGCAGCAAUACGACAACAGCAACGGCAACAGCGGCCACAACGGCAACGCGAUCCCGUUUCAUGAUCACCGAUAUUUUGGCAGGAGCUGCGGCUGCAUCGGCGGCAGCAGCAGCAGCCGCCGCCGCUUUAGCAGCCGCCUCUUCCGGCGGUGGGCGUGGCAGCCCAACGGAUUCGGAAAGAGAACAAUCCUUGGUGGCCGCACAUCAUCCUCAUCAGCAGCAAGCGCAUCAUCAUCAUCACCAACAGCAGCAUCAGCAUCAGCAGCAGCAUCAACAGCAGCAGCAACAUCAGCAGGCUGCCUUGCAGCAAUACAUCGUGCAACAGCAGCAAUUGCUGCGCUUCGAGCGUGAAAGGGAAAGGGAGCGGGAGCGGGAGCAUUAUAGGGAACGGCAUUCGCCACCUGGCAGCAAUCCCUAUGCCCACCACCCCAUGCCGCCUCACCUGCUAGCCCACUUUCCGCCCGCCCACUAUGCCGUUCUGCAGCAGCAGCAGCAGCAGCAGCAACAGCAACAGCAGCAGCAACAUCCCCAUCCGCAUCAUCUGCAGCUGGAGAGGGAACGAUUGGAGGCACUGCAUCGACAUGGUCAUGGCUUGCCCGGUGACCCUGCCCAGCAUUUGAGCCACUUAAGCCACCUGAGCCACCAGCAACACCACUCCCAUCUGCAUCAUCCCAUACACGAUGAGCGAUCCCGAUCGCCUCUUAUGCUGCAGCAACUGGGCAGUGCCGGUGGCAACAACAACAAUAACAACAACAGCAGUAGUAAUAACAACAAUAACAACAACAGUGGCAGUGCCAACAGCAUCGUCAACAGUGGCAGCAACAACAACAACAACAACAAUGGCAGUGGCAAUGGCAACAUGUUGCUCGGAGGAGCCGGCAGCAGCAUCAGCGGCGAUCAGGCCAGCACCAUCGAUGACAGCGACAGCGAUGAUUGCGGCGGCAAGGACGAUGAUGGCGAGGACAGCUUGAAGAACGGCAGCUCGGCGAACGGCGACUCUUCGUCCCACUUGAGCCUGAGCUUGAGCAAGAAGCAGCGGAAGGCGCGUACCGCCUUCACGGACCAUCAGCUGCAGACGCUGGAGAAGUCCUUUGAGCGGCAGAAGUACCUCAGUGUUCAGGAUCGCAUGGAGCUGGCCAACAAGCUGGAGCUGAGCGACUGCCAGGUGAAGACCUGGUACCAGAAUCGCAGAACCAAAUGGAAGCGUCAGACUGCCGUUGGCCUGGAGCUGCUAGCCGAGGCUGGAAACUAUGCCGCCUUCCAGAGGCUGUAUGGCGGUGCCACGCCCUAUUUAAGCGCCUGGCCGUAUGCGGCCGCCGCUGCCGCCCAAUCUCCCCACGGUGCCCCCAUUGAUAUCUAUUACCGUCAAGCGGCAGCCGCCGCUGCUCUACAGAAGCCCGCCCUGCCCGCCUCGUACCGCAUGUAUCCGACGAGUAUGCCGCCAGGUAUGGCUUUGCCCGGUAUGCCCGCUCCCCCGCCCCCUGGCGCAGCUCCGAUGCUCAGUGGUUACUAUGCUGCUGCAGCAGCAGCCGCCGCUUCUGCUGGCGCUCAACAACAGCAGCAGCAGCAACAGGCGCCGGCUGCCUCCCGCUCGCCAGCAACUAGCCAGAGCGCCAAUAGUGAAGCGGACUGCGAGCGGACCAGCAGCAGCAGUCGCCAUCGUCUGAUCACGCCCAGUCCGCCCUUAAAUCCAGGCAGUCCGCCGCAUCGUGAGCGGCUCAACGAGGAGGAGGACAGGGAGCGAGACGAGGAGCGGGACAGUGAACGAGAAAGGGAACGGGAUGAGGAGGAUGACGAAGAGCUGGCCCUGGAGGUCUGAGGAUCCUCUUGAGCAAAGAUAGCCCUCCCGCCCACAGCUGGAUCUCACAAAUUUGUCUAAAGAAUUAAUCGAGUGGGUGGUGUGAUGGUGGAUAUAUGGUGGACGAACUUCUCCUUUUUUUUUUGGCUUAAACUAAUCCGAAAUGUUGUAAAAAUAGUAAAGUAGAGGGUUAAAUUGAAGAGGACACAGAGUGGGUUAAAGAUUUUCAAAGACAUACAGCUGGGUUCAAAAUAAUAGCAGUUCGAAGUCUUAAAAUUUGUUUUAGAUGAUUUUUUGAGGCAUUUAAAAUGCCACAAACACCUUAAAGACUUUCCAAAUUUAAAAAAAAUACAUAAUUGAAAUCCAUAAUCUUAUUUCUUAAGUUUCAACAUCUUAAGAACCAAAUAAAUUCUAACUUUUAAGCUUUUCCACUCUACUACUAUUAUUUUAAACGCAGCUGGAAAGCCACUGAAGAUGUGUAACUUAAAAUUCUUUUUAAAACUCAAUUUAAAAUUGUAUAAAAUCCCAGAGAAAAUCGAAGAAAAUGCCCAGAGAAAGGCCCAAGAAGUAACAGUAUUAGACUCGCCCCAUGUUCACCUGUCUCUCAGAAUUAACCGCCCUGUAAUUGUGAAGAAACCCCCUAAAGAUAAAACCAUUUUUUUGUCUAUAUAUAAAAAUCUUAAAUUAAACCUAGCUUAGAUGAAUUUUUGUAAAUUUUUGUAAAUGAUUUUUGUACAUACGCAGCAGACCAACAAACAUAAGCAACAACGACACAUUUUUUUCCAAACAAUUAUUUUUUUUACGAACUUUUUUUUUGUGCCUAGUCUUAAGACGUCUAUUGUGUGUAGUAAUAAUAAAGCGAAGAAAAAAAAAGAGCAAUCCAGAACUGGCCUUUGUCUUGCCCGGCUAAAGGACUGCGCGAAGGACUCCCCGAAGGAC